UAAAAAAAGGACAAAAAAACAGAGAGGGGAAGCAGCGAGGAACGGCAGAUCUGAGAGAGAGAGGACUCGUCUUCGUCUUCCCCGGUUUCUCUUCUCCUCGCCUAUUUAUACCAUCCUCCCCCCACCUUCCCUCCCCAACUCCGAGCACCACCACCGCCGGCCACCCGUCCGCGAUCUCUCCGGCCCCCAUUGCCCCCGCGACGACCCAGGAGGAGCAGCAGCCUCCUGCUUGCUUCCCGCCGCCGCCGCCGCGGCAGAGGUGCCCGCCUACAGGCAUGAUGGUGAAGAUCUGCUGCCUUGGAGCUGGCUAUGUCGGUGGCCCGACAAUGGCGGUCAUCGCCCUCAAGUGCCCUGACAUUCAGGUGGUUGUGGUCGAUAUCACCAAGUCUCGUAUUGACGCUUGGAACAGUGACACACUCCCAAUCUACGAGCCUGGUCUUGAUGAUGUCGUGAAGCAGUGCCGUGGGAGGAACCUCUUCUUCAGCAAUGACAUUGAGAAGCAUGUUUGUGAUGCUGACAUCAUCUUUGUGUCAGUAAACACCCCAACCAAGACCCGGGGCCUUGGAGCUGGCAAGGCCGCUGAUCUUACCUACUGGGAAAGUGCAGCUCGCAUGAUUGCUGAUGUGGCCAAAUCUGACAAGAUUGUGGUCGAGAAGUCCACUGUUCCAGUCAAGACUGCUGAGGCUAUUGAGAAGAUCUUGACGCACAACAGCAAUGGCAUCAACUUCCAGAUCCUCUCCAACCCAGAGUUCCUUGCUGAGGGUACUGCCAUCCAGGACCUAUUUAACCCUGACCGUGUUCUUAUCGGAGGACGGGAGACUCCGGAAGGCCAAAAGGCUGUUCAGACACUGAAAGCUGUGUAUGCUCAUUGGGUUCCGGAGGAUCAGAUCCUGACUACCAACUUGUGGUCUGCGGAGCUGUCGAAGCUUGCAGCUAAUGCAUUCUUGGCCCAGAGGAUCUCCUCAGUGAAUGCCAUGUCAGCCCUGUGCGAGGCCACUGGUGCGAAUGUUUCUGAGGUUUCUUAUGCUGUGGGCAAGGACUCCAGGAUUGGGCCAAAGUUCCUGAAUGCAAGUGUUGGAUUUGGAGGCUCUUGCUUCCAGAAGGAUAUUCUCAACCUGGUUUACAUCUGCGAGUGCAAUGGCCUCCCAGAAGUGGCCAACUACUGGAAGCAGGUCAUCAAGAUCAAUGACUACCAGAAGAGCCGGUUCGUGAACCGUGUUGUUUCCUCUAUGUUCAACACCGUCGCGAACAAAAAGAUUGCUGUGCUUGGUUUUGCAUUCAAGAAGGACACCGGUGACACAAGGGAGACUCCUGCUAUCGAUGUCUGCAAGGGUCUGCUGGGUGACAAGGCUAAGAUCAGCAUUUAUGAUCCUCAAGUGACUGAGGAUCAAAUCCAGCGUGACCUUGCAAUGAACAAAUUUGAUUGGGACCACCCUGUUCAUCUCCAGCCAAUGAGCCCCACAACCACCAAGCAAGUUUCAGUUACCUGGGAUCCAUAUGAGGCGGCCAAGGAUGCCCAUGGCAUCUGCAUCCUGACUGAGUGGGAUGAAUUCAAGAAACUGGACUACCAAAGGAUCUAUGAGAGCAUGCAGAAGCCCGCCUUCGUUUUCGAUGGCCGCAACGUUGUCGACUCUGAGAAGCUCAGGGAGAUUGGCUUCAUUGUCUACUCCAUUGGCAAGCCACUUGAUGCUUGGCUCAAGGACAUGCCCGCUGUCGCUUAAAUGAACUCUGAUCAGAAGGAAUCCAUGAGCAGCAGCUAUUGAUAGGGGCCCAGCUUGUUAUUAUUAUUCGUUAUAGUUGCUAUUUAUCAUGUGCCAGCAAAUUCAGAAUGUCAUUCUUUGCUUCCUUGUUUUAAAAGUCUUCUCUUUCUUUUUCUUUUUGGGGUUUACAGUCUUAGAAUGGCAGGCAUGGUCACUGGGAUGUGUCUUCAUUCCUCUGCUCCGUUGUCACAGCUUUGUAGCAGUGUCUGUUGUUGCGUUCCUUUCAUGUUACUGAUAUCCAUCCUGUUGGUUAUACAUGUGGCUUCAGUUACUCAGAGAUAUUGUUUUUCAAGUCUGUGAAUUAGCCAAUUAAGCAUUUCUUGGCUUAAUUA